AUGUCUAGUCCCAAGAUCGUCAACGGUCCUGGUGGUUAUAUACUUCAGGACGUUCCUCAUCUCAUCGAUUAUCUUCCCGAUCUUCCUACUUAUCCAAAUCCAUUAAAAGACAAUCCAGCUUACUCAGUGGUUAAGCAAUACUUUGUUGAUACUGAAGAUACUGUACCUGAGAAGAUUAUAGUCCACAAGGAUGGUCCAAGAGGAAUCCAUUUCAGACGCGCUGGUCCACGCCAAAAGGUUUACUUUGAGUCUGAUGAAGUCCAUGCUUGCAUUGUUACAUGUGGUGGUCUCUGUCCCGGUCUCAAUACCGUUAUUAGAGAACUCGUGAGCAGUUUAUCAUACAUGUAUGGAGUCAAGAGAAUCCUUGGAAUCGAUGGUGGAUACAAGGGGUUCUAUGCCAAGAAUACUAUCCCUUUAAACUCCAAAAUCGUGAACGAUAUUCAUAAACGCGGAGGAACAAUCCUGGGGACUUCAAGAGGUGGACAUGAUACCACUAAGAUUGUUGAUAGUAUCCAAGAUCGAGGUAUCAACCAGGUUUACAUUAUUGGUGGAGACGGAACACAGAGAGGGGCAUCAAAAAUAUAUGAGGAGAUUAGAAGGCGAGGACUUAAAGUUGCUGUGGUUGGAAUACCGAAGACGAUUGAUAACGAUAUACCAGUAAUAGAUAGAUCUUUUGGGUUUGACACUGCUGUGGAGGAAGCUCAACGAGCUAUCAACGCAGCACAUGUUGAAGCUGAGAGUAAUGAGAAUGGUAUCGGUUUUGUUAAGCUUAUGGGUCGUCACAGUGGUUUUAUAGCGAUGUAUGCUACAUUAGCAAGCAGAGAUGUUGAUUGCUGCUUGAUUCCAGAGUCACCAUUUUACCUUGAAGGAGAAGGUGGACUCUUUGAGUACAUAGAGAAACGGCUCAAGGAGAAUGGUCACAUGGUGAUUGUUCUUGCUGAAGGAGCAGGACAAGAAAUGAUGUCCAAAAGCAUGGAAUCUAACACUCUUGCAGACGCGUCUGGUAACAAGGUUCUUAAAGAUGUUGGCUUGUGGUUAUCACAAUGCAUCAAGGAUCAUUUCAAGAAGAUCAAGAUGGUGAUGAAUCUCAAAUAUAUUGAUCCUACAUACAUGAUUAGGGCGAUUCCAAGCAAUGCGGCAGACAAUGUAUACUGUACACUUCUUGCUCAGAGCGCGGUUCAUGGUGCAAUGGCUGGUUACACUGGCUACACCAGUGGUCUUGUCCAUGGAAGACAAACAUACAUCCCUUUCUACAGGAUAACAGAGAAACAGAACAAUGUGGUGAUUACGGACAGAAUGUGGGCAAGGCUAUUAUCUUCUACGAAUCAGCCAAGUUUCUUGGGGCCUAAGGAUACUUCUGAAGAGGAAAAAGAGACGCCAGAGGGUGAAAUCUGUAACGGUGUUGUUGAUAUACCUCCGGUGACUAAAGAGAUCACUAAGUGAAAAGUAAACAAAAAAAGCUUUUGGUUUAGAAAACUUUCAGGCAUCAUAUAUACAUACAUUCAGGGGUUUCUGAAAAUAAUGCCGGAAGUGAAAUAAAUAAUUGUAAGAGUUGUGAAACACAUCUUAGUUUCUUGUAGAUGUGUUUUUUUCUAACUUUUUUUGCACACUCAACAUAUCAUAUGAUUAUGAUUUUAUGAAUAAAUGUGAACAAUCUUUUUUGUUUUGUUCUGUAUUGUAUACAUGCUAAG